UCCGCUGCGGCCGGAAACAAUAGUGGAGAAGCCGGAGCCGCGCGGAACGGUUGUGGCGGCGCGCGGAGGCGGACGGGGCACUAUGACCGAAGAGGAGCAGUUUGUAAACAUUGAUUUGAAUGAUGACAACAUUUGCAGUGUUUGUAAACUGGGAACAGACGAGGAAACACUCUCCUUCUGCCACGUUUGUUUUGAGCUAAAUAUUGAAGGAGUACCAAAAUCGAAUCUCUUGCACACCAGAUCAUUAAGGGGCCAUAAAGACUGCUUUGAAAAAUUCCAUUUGAUUGCAAACCAGGAUUGUCCUCGAUCUAAGCUUUCAAAAAGUACCUAUGAAGAAGUUAAAACCAUUUUGAGUAAGAAGAUAAACUGGAUUGUACAGUAUGCACAAAAUAAGGAUCUGGAUUCAGAUUCUGAAUGUUCUAAAAAUCCCCAGCAUCACCUGUUUAAUUUCAGGCAUAAACCUGAUAAAAAGUUACUCCCACAGUUUGACUCCCAAGUACCAAAGUAUUCUGCAAAAUGGCUAGAUGGAACUACAGGUGGCCUCUCAAACUGUACACAAAGAAUUUUGGAGCAGAGGGAAAAUACAGACUUUGGGCUUGCUAUGUUACAAGAUUCGGGUGCCACUUUAUGCCAUAAUAGUGUACUGUGGCCUCAUAGUCACAGCCAGGCACAGAACAAAGAGGAGACAGUCUCUAAUCCAGAAGCUAAUGUCCAGACCCAGCAUCCACAUUACAGCAGAGAGGAGUUGAAUUCGAUGACUCUUGGUGAGGUAAAGCAACUGAAUGCAAAGCUCGGACAGCAGAUACAGGAAGUUUUUGAAGAGUUAACACACCAAGUACAAGAAAAAGAUUCUUUAGCCUCACAGCUCCAUGUCCGCCAUGUUGCCAUUGAACAGCUUCUCAAGAACUAUUCCAAGUUACCAUGUUUGCAAGUGGGGCGAACAGGAAUGAAGUCACACCUACCCAUCAACAACUGAACUACACUUACACUUAUUUCUUAAGCCCUUAUGCCCUACCAUUUAUUGAUCUGCCAAGCAUGCAGACUUUGAAGAAGCUGAAGAAAGUCAUGGUCGGUUUUUUUAUGGUUGUUAAAUUUGUAAAGCUCAAGGCAAUAUUUAACAUCUUUGUCAAAUAAAGCAGAUCAUUAUGCUCUAUUCUUCUAGGGAUAAUCAUUUUGGUUCAUUUUGGGCAUCUUUUUUCCCAUAAUUACUAAAUGGCCCUCCCUAACUUUUACCACAUGUGACUACUUAAAUAUACUGUUACAGUGUGUUUUUAUUAAACAUAUUUUAAUGUAAUUCGCCUGUCAAAACAAUAGAAGGUUAAACUCCUUAAUUAGUCUAAACUACUAAAGAUAACUUUUAAGAGGGAAAUGGAAUUCAUAAUAUCACCUCUUAUUUAUUAUGAGCAAUAUUUUAAUAUGAAAAUUUUAUAUAUAAAAAUGCUAUUUUAGGUACCUUUCCCAUUCUCUUUAUAAAUGUGUAUUUGAAUGGCUCUGUAUAUUAUAUUUACACUUUCAUGUGUGAAUGUUCACCCAUAUUUCAGAUCACUGCAUUUUAUUCUCUUAAUAUACUGUUUUUACAACUAUUAUUUUGUUUUUCAGAGAUAAAUGUAUUUUGGAGUAGAAAUCUAUCUAGUUAAAUUGUUUUGACUUCUGAUAACUCUUAUGAAAGAGGAAUUAAUAACUUUUUAAAGCAAGUAUCCAAGAAAAUAAAAUACAUUAUUUUUUUCUAACAAAAGUAGUUCUGAGUUAGUUCAGGAAGAAAAUGCUAAUCUAGUUUUUGUAUGUUAGCUUGUCUCCAUAGAAGUAAGCCUCUUCUCCUUCAUUAUUACUUUCAUUCUAAUGACUUUGAUGUGUUAAAAUUCAGAUACAGUAAGUCAGGCCUCACUUCCAAGUCAAAUGUAAUAUCUGUCUUCAAAUUGAGUGUGCUGUGAAAUUGUUGUCCUAUCUUUGAAAAAAACUGAAAUUAUUCGGUGUGCCACUUUGGAUAAAGGUCCAAGAAUCCUUAAACUGUCCAAAUUCUGUUAUCAACAUCAUUGAAAUUAGUGCCCAAAGAAAGCAUCGUGAGGUAUUUUUCUAAACUUUAGAAUCUAAAGGAAAAGAGAAGAUUGCUUGACACAGAAAAACAAAACUCUAAUGCAAAAAUUAAGCCCAUUUUGUAAAGGAUAUUCUUAAAAAUUGACUGUGAUGUUUCCAGAGAGUUCUGAACUAAUAGGUUGUCUCAAACAGCUAGAUAAGUUUUUUAAUAACGUAUUAUAGUAAAAGCUAUAACCAAUGCAGAAUCAAAAUGGGCUCUAAAUUCUGUUUUCAGUUGGUGCUUAGAAUGUAUUUAUGAGGUGAGAGCCUUUGCUUGAAAGAAUCUGCAGAAUAGCCCAUUAACUUGGCAGCUUCAGGCGUAAAGAUACGAAUGACUUCUCCCUUAAAUUUGGCAGCGUGCCCUGGCUUGGGUCAGAUUUUAGUCUUGAACACAAACAGUAUUUGACUAAGGAAAGAAACGCCUCAAUCUAGUAGAAAACAGCUUUUUGUAAUGUUAAGAUGUGUUAAAUUUGCGUGAGAGUAUUAAUGGAUAUCUCACUGAUUUUGUUCUGUUUUCUUUGAAGUAUGACAUAACUGCUUUUUGGAGGGAGCUUUUGAAAGAUGCUUUCAAUUACUCUCGAUUCUUUGAGUCAUCCAAAAUGAAUUUAAAAUCCAGAGAGUGGGGAUGCAUUGCCUUAGUUUUGAGAAGCUUUGAAUUGAAUGUGUGCAAUAUCAAAAUCUCCAUAAAUUUACAAGUUGAAUAAAGACAUUUCCUCAUGAUGCCAG